AAUAGAAGAGCAAAAUUUCUUUCCACAAAAGUGAACUAUCCCUUAUGCAAGAGUGACUCCCAACUCUAGACGAAACCGAAUUCUCCCAACUCUGCCCAACGGAUUAGUUUUAAUUAAAGUGUGCCAUUAUUGAGUCAAAUCAUAUACCACAAUGACACACUAUCUAACUUAUUUUAAGAGCUACUAGUAAUUAAAAUUCAUCGUAUCUGGGAAUUCCGGUGGCAUAUCAAUCUUCAAUUUGCUCUUCAUAGGAUUGCGGCGUCCAAUCCCCAAUCCUAUUAACGUUCAAUUUUCAGAUUCAUUUGUGUCAAAUGGCAACAGAAGCCAAGAAGAUCAUCAUUGACACUGAUCCUGGCAUUGAUGAUGCAAUGGCGAUAUUUGUGGCAUUGCAAUCUCCUGAAAUCGAGGUCAUCGGGCUUACUACUAUAUAUGGAAAUGUCUACACAUCUCUAGCUACUAGAAAUGCUUUACAUCUGCUGGACGUAGCUGGAAGGACAGAUAUUCCAGUGGCUGAAGGCUCUCAUGUUACAAUCACUAAAGGUACAAAACUUCGAAUUGCUGAUUUUGUUCAUGGCACGGAUGGACUUGGGAACCAAAACUUUCCUGCACCAAAUGGAAAGCCUAUCGACCAGAAUGCUGCUGAAUUUCUCAUCCAACAAGCAAGUCUAUACCCUGGAAAGGUUAUUGUAGUAGCCUUGGGUCCCCUUACAAAUAUAGCACUAGCCAUUCAAUCAGAUCCUGCAUUUGUUAAAAACAUUAGACAAAUUGUUGUUCUCGGUGGUUCCUUUGCUGUAAAUGGAAAUGCGAAUCCAGCUGCAGAAGCGAAUAUCUUUGGAGAUCCAGAUGCUGCUGAUAUUGUUUUUACUAGCGGCGCUGACGUUCUGGCAGUUGGAAUUAAUGUCACACAUCAAGUUAUCCUUACUGAUUCUGAUCGCAAUGAGUUGGCGAAGUCUAACGGAAAGUUUGCCAAGUACCUUGACAAGAUUUUGGGUGUCUAUUUUGGUUAUCACCAUGAUGCAUACAGCACAAAAGGUGUUUAUCUUCACGAUCCGACUGCCCUGCUUGCUGCUGUUGAUCCCUCACUAAUCACCUAUACAGAAGGUGCGGUUCGUGUCCAGACAAUUGGCAUCACAAGAGGUCUCACUCUAUUUUAUAAUAAACAAAAGAGGUUUGGUGAAGUCACUGAAUGGUGUGAUAAACCCUCAGUAAAAGUGGCAGUAACUGUUGAUGCUCCUAAGGUUCUCAAAUUGGUCAUGGAACGACUCAUCAAUUCUUAGGAGAAUCUGUUAGUUUUCAACAUAUCUCCUUCAGCUGCACAGUUCCUUGUAUGUUUGCAACUCAGUGUGCUUGAAACAUGACAUUUUUUCAGAAGGUGAUAGCAAGAUUGCCUUCAUGCUAAGAAUUUCUUACUGUUUAUUGCUUCUAUGCCAAUCUCCACGAUUGUUGUAACAAACUUAAUUAUCUGCUUCUAAGCCCUUUGUGUAAAGUGAUCUGUAGAACCCAACAUUGUCAUCAUUGUGUCUCUUUUAAAUAAAAAGGUCUCAUAUAUCUUGUAUGCUUAAGUUCA